AUGGGCUAUGAUGUCUAUUUAGAUUGCCUGUCUGCCACCCCGUUCCUCCUUUCGCAUACAGAUUGGAUCGCUGUCACCCAACGUCAUCACCCCAGCUCACCCCAGCUCACCCUCUCCGCGCGACCUCUCAGCCGACCGGUCGGCUAUAAGAGAAAUGGAAACUGCACACAUCUGUCUCGCGCCUUUACAGGCUUGGAUCCCCCAUUGUUUGGCAGUGCAAGACAAGACCGAUAUCCGCCAUGGCAGCACGACCGCGAAGAAUACAGAAACGUCUUUCGGAUAGCCUGAAAUCGAAGCGCCAACAACAGAGUCGCCGAAAAGAUAACUUGUUCUUCAAAUCCUUUGAGUACUGUCACGAGUGUGAUGCGGAUAUAUUCAUCAUGGUCCGAAACAAGAAAACUGGCCAAAUCCUAUUCUUUAACUCCAACAGCAGCUGGCCCCCAUCACUGGAGGAGCUGGCUUCGUAUUAUCCAAAGCCGAAACAGAUCACGUGGAAAGAACUAGCUGCCAGAUACGCGAUCAAAGAGUCGCAGAACGUACUGAGUGACCAGCAACAAGCCCAGGCAACUGAAAAAGUUCAUAGUGCUGUAACGGGGUCGAGAAAUGAGAGUGAGGUUGUGGCAUAUAGAAUAGAUUGCGAAGGCCCCGGAACCGCGAACGACACUAGAGUUUGCAGUUGAGCCUCAACUGGUACAGUAAAGCAGACAGUAUAUACCCUGAUUUAUCAUGUUACCUAGGUCUUUGUCGCGAGGGUUUGGAUUGCUUCGUUUCUACUAAACGGAUAUAGCACGGAUGCUUAUUGGGCUCCGAGCGUACUCCAGCAUUUCUGCUGUAUUAUUGUGUUGCUCAGUAUAGACCUUAUUGACCAGAUAGCCAAGGCCAUGCUGCCUAGUAUUUAGCCGGAGAUCUCAAUAGAGCGUGUCAAUUAUUCCAGUCCAGCUGUG